UAGUAAACUCAAAUCUAAAAAUAUUUAAAGUUAAUAUUGUGUGUUUCAAAAGAGAGUUGCAUCUCACCCACUGCACAGGAAAUUCGUUUGAUUUUGUCGCUGCCACCACGAUCGAUAACGAUAACAGCAGCACAAAAAUCAUCUCUAAUUUUAUGGCUUUUUGUUUAAAUUUGAUUUUUAAUACAAAAAAUAAAUGUCUACACCUGUGCCGCGCCGCACUAAGGACUUGCUGGCUCUUGGUAUUGACUCGGAUACGGACGAUGACUACAAUUCGCCUCUCAAGCCGCACCGAUCACAAGCCGCAGCUGCAAAAAACCACCGACCAGCUGCGGCGGCGGCAUCUGCUUUCGGUCAGGGCACAGGCAUCGGCGUCAAUGCUGGCAAUAAGGAAAACAUUUCGCUGCCCAAUAGGGCAGUCGGUGAAAUACUACCACGGCGCACCUCGGAGAUGUCUAUGAUGGACUCGGACAGCGACGAGGAGGAGGAUAACAAAAACGACCACAAUCUCAACUGCGCCAUUCUCAAUGACUCCUUCGUGUUGAGUCCGACGCACGAGCUGCCGGUUAGCGGGGGCAGCAGCAUGCCCUCCACAGCUGGCACACUCAAGCAAUCCGAUUCGAAUCUGUCGUUCCUAGGCCGCUUCGGCAACAUGGGCAUCAACUGCAGCAGCACCUCUGCUGCCAAUCAGAACUCCCCGGCGGUUGAGCCAGAGCCGCAGGCCAUCAAAAAGCCGCCGCCUUCAACGCUGCAAACCAUCUCGGAGCGACGUAAACUCUUUGAUAACGAAACUCCCCUGCGUAAUGGAUCCACGAUUGUGGCCAAGUCCCAAGCCAAGGCCGAAGUGGACUUCAUAACGCCACUGGUGCGAGCGGGCGGCUCCACGCAGGCACCCAAAUCCCGCAGCGCGGUGGUAUCGAAUGAGUUUCGCGCGCAGAAGGUUCUCUUCCAGACGCCCAUGACCGUGGGCCGUGGUGCUCCCUUUUCCUGCGACAGCUUCUCCCUGUGCGACACCAUCAGCGAGAGUCCCGACAUUCCGCCGCGACAGCCGGAGCCGCAGCCGCAGCCCAAGGUAGAGCCCAUCAAUGGCAAGUCAAAGAAGUCUCUGGACAAUGCAUUCCAUGAGGCAGAAAAGGAAAUGGUGCCACCGAAAAUUGAGCCAGUGAAACCCAAGGAAAUUGUAAAACCUGCUCCAGUGCCGCCCUCCACCGCCAGCAAAUCUUCGAACAUACUAAAGAUCAAGAAUCAUGAGUACGUGAUAGGCCAGAAGCUUGGCUGCGGCGGCUCCAGUUCCGUUUACCUCGCCCGUCGUCCCGACUCUGGCGGUGAAUUUGCAUUGAAGGUGGUGGACCUGCAGGCCGAUCCGUCGGUGGUUCAGGGGUAUCUGAAUGAAACCAAGCUGCUGGAGAAGCUGCAGGGCAACGUGUGCGUUGUGGCACUGUACGACUAUCAACUGUUGCGAGAGGAGUCCAAGCUGUAUAUGGUAAUGGAGAAGGGUGACUGCGACUUGAACAAGAUCCUGCAGAGCUAUACCACAAAUCUGCCGGCCUACAGCCUGAUGAGCAUUCUGUACCAGAUGCUGCAGGCUGUCAACUAUAUUCACCAGCACGGUGUAAUACACUCGGACCUGAAGCCGGCCAAUUUCCUGAUGGUGAAUGGCCGUCUCAAGCUGAUCGACUUUGGCAUUGCCAGCAACAUUUCGGUGGACUCGACGAGCAUCAUCAAGUUCUCCCAGGCUGGCACCUUCAACUACAUCAGCCCCGAGGCCCUCACGGACACCUCGACGGGCAACAGUCCGAUGCGCGGUGGCAAUCAGCCCAAGAUAAAGAUCUCCACCAAGUCGGAUGUGUGGUCGCUGGGCUGCAUAUUGUAUCUGCUGAUGUACCAAAAGACGCCCUUUGGUCAUAUACGGAAUAUUUGUGCCAAGAUGAAUGCCAUUGCCAAUCCGGGGACCAACAUUGAGUAUCCAGACAUUCCAUUUUACUAUCCAGCCAUGCUGGUUCAUGUGAGUUACCCAAGUGUAUUCUUUAUAGAUGGUCAAAAAGUGCCUGCAGCUGAAUCCGAAAAUGCGGCCCUCGUGCACCCAACUGCUGCAGUAUCCCUUCCAUAUGGCCAUUCCCCUGCAGAAUCUACAGAUUGCCAGCAAAGCCAGCACCACCACCACCACCACCAACAAUAAGUAAACCCAACAAAAGUAUUCUCCUCUUAUGUUUUCUCAUAUGUGUGUAUGUAUUUAAUUCUCAUUUACCAUAAGUUAUACAUCAUAAAUCUUUAUAAUGCAGGCUA